UGGCCAAUAGGCGAGAGACUUCUUGUUUCCUGGCAGAGCGGGGUCCCGGCACCGCGGUGCUAGGGUUUUGUUUGGGUCCAGGGUGGAGGACUCGGGUGCCGGGGCCCGAGGUGUCGCCUCGCUAGCGGGAGAGGGAGCGGGAGCGCCAGUCCAGAGAGAGCUCUCAGGGCCAGCCUGGUGCAGGAGGAUGCUUUCCCGGUCCCAUUAUGGAGCUGCGCUGUGGGGGACUGCUGUUCAGUUCUCGCUUUGAUUCAGGGAACCUAGCCCAUGUGGAGAAGGUGGAAUCCACGUCUGGGGAUGGGGAAGGAGUUGGAGCUGGGGCAUCAGCCCCCACUGGUGGUGUCUCUUCGCCCCCUGACUACGAAUUCAAUGUGUGGACCCGGCCAGACUGUGCCGAGACGGAAUUUGAGAACGGCAACAGAUCAUGGUUUUACUUCAGUGUCCGGGGAGGAAUUCCAGGGAAACUCAUCAAAAUCAAUAUUAUGAACAUGAACAAGCAGAGCAAGCUGUAUUCCCAGGGCAUGGCCCCCUUUGUGCGCACACUGCCCAGCCGGCCCCGCUGGGAACGUGUUCGAGACCGGCCCACUUUUGAGAUGACAGAGACACAGUUCGUGUUGUCCUUUGUUCACCGUUUCGUGGAGGGCCGAGGGGCUACCACCUUCUUCGCCUUCUGCUACCCCUUCUCCUACAGCGACUGCCAGGACUUGCUAAAGCAGCUAGACCAGCGCUUUCCAGAGAACUGCCCUACUCAGAGCAGUCCCCUGGACACCAUCUAUUACCACAGAGAACUCCUCUGCUAUUCCCUGGACGGACUCCGUGUAGACCUGCUAACAAUCACCUCUUGCCAUGGGCUUCGGGAAGACAGAGAGCCCCGUCUAGAGCAGCUAUUUCCUGAUACCAGUACCCCUCGACCAUUCCGUUUCACAGGCAAAAGGAUAUUCUUCUUAAGCAGUAGAGUACACCCUGGGGAGACUCCAUCUAGUUUUGUCUUCAAUGGCUUUCUGGACUUCAUCCUUCGGCCUGAUGACCCUCGAGCCCAAACCCUACGUCGCCUCUUUGUCUUUAAGCUGAUUCCCAUGUUGAACCCUGACGGUGUGGUUCGGGGUCAUUACCGCACGGACUCACGUGGCGUGAAUCUGAAUCGUCAGUACCUGCAGCCUGAUGCUGUGCUGCACCCAGCCAUCUACGGGGCUAAAGCGGUGCUUCUCUACCACCAUGUGCACUCCCGCCUGAACCCCCCGAGUACCCCUGAGCACCAGCCCAGUCCCUGUCUCCCUGCUGAUGCCCCGCUUUCUGAUCUCGAGAAAGCCAACAGUCUCUAUAAUGAAGCCCCCCUUGGGCAGCCAUCUAAUGGAGACAACCCUGAGACCUGGACCCAGACAGAGCCGGCAGAACAGAAGGCCAGCAGUGUGUGGCUUAUGCCACAGCAGUCUCCUGAGCUUGAGGAGCCAGCCCCUGACACCAUCCCCCCGAAAGAGAGUGGCGUUGCUUACUAUGUGGACCUGCACGGACAUGCGUCCAAAAGGGGCUGCUUCAUGUAUGGGAACAGCUUUAACGAUGAGAACACCCAGGUGGAAAACAUGCUAUAUCCAAAACUCAUCUCCUUGAAUUCAGCCCACUUUGACUUCCAGGGCUGCAAUUUCUCAGAGAAGAACAUGUAUGCCCGAGACCGUAGAGAUGGCCAGUCCAAAGAGGGAAGCGGCCGUGUUGCAAUCUACAAAGCCUCAGGGAUAAUCCACAGCUACACACUUGAAUGCAACUACAACACUGGACGCUCAGUAAACAGCAUCCCUGCUGCCUGCCAUGACAAUGGGCGAGCCAGCCCCCCUCCCCCUCCGGCCUUCCCCUCCAGAUACACUGUGGAGCUGUUUGAGCAGGUGGGCCGCGCUAUGGCCAUCGCCGCUCUGGACAUGGCAGAAUGUAACCCAUGGCCCCGAAUUGUGCUGUCGGAGCACAGUAGCCUCACUAACCUGAGGGCCUGGAUGCUAAAACAUGUGCGCAGCAGUCGCGGCCUAAGCAGCACCAUGAACGUGGGUGCCAACAAGAAGAGAGGCCCUCGGACUCCACCCAAAAGUAACAAUGGAUUUCCCAUUUCUUGCUCUGAAAACACCUUGAGCCGGGCACGAAGUUUUAGCACUGGCACAAGUACUGGUGGCAGCAACAGCAGCCAACAAAAUUCUCCACAGAUGAAGAAUUCCCCCAGCUUCCCUUGUCAUGGCAGUCGGCCUGCAGGGCUGCCAGGCCUGGGCACUAGCACUCAAAAAGUCAGCCAUCGGGUGCUGGCCCCUGUCAGAGAGCCCCGAGGCCAAGACAGGAGACGGCGGCAGCAGCCACUGACCCAUAGCUCUACUACAAGCAGCCUGGCCCCAAGCUCAGCAGCCCCUCCUAGUUCUGGCCCAGCCUCAUCCCAGAGUCUGGGCUCCUGCCUGCUGUCCAGCUCACUCAGCGUAUCAGGAACCUGAAAAUUCUUUCUACCUGCCAAGGGCUAUCUACUAAAGUGUCUUGACUCCAGGAACUGGGCAACGUUAGACAACAAUGGAGAAAGACAAAGAGCACUACAGAUGUCAGCACUACAGAUGUCAUCCUGCCAUCCACACAAAACUCUGGCCACCUACUUUCCUUUUAAAUUUCAGACCCAGCUGUGGAAAAGGCUGGAUGGCACUGAUUUCUAAAACUCCAGGCUAGUAACUUCUGCCUUACCUAGAGACACACCCUGUCUGCUCUCAACAGGGGGCUUCAGUACGGGUCUUGGGUAGAGUGGAGCCUUUUAAAAUAUGAGCAGGGGAGGCCCAGGGUCUUUAAGUUUGCGUAUUUAUGUUUGGGCAGGUUCUGAUUUAGCCAGAAGUUGCUUCUCCAUCUCCUGGACCAGAACGGAGUGUACUGGGGCGACUUUGCUCCCAGGAGUAUUUGGCAGCAUCUUGGAGGCAUGGUGGGCUGUUACCAUGGGGAAGGGUCUGGGGAAGCAACAGCAUCUAGAAUGCUAAAUAUCCUACAGUUUGCACUGUAACUCCUGCAACCAAGGAUUAGCUAACCCACAAUGUCAGUAAUGCUGAGAUGCAGGGGCUGUAAAUCAGUGGUAGAGUGUUGGCUUAACAUGCACGAAGCCAUGUUCAAUCCCCUGCACUACCAAGAACAAAGCAAAACCAAAGUGCCAAGGGUGAAGUUACUUCCUCCAUGGCCCCAGCCUUAGUCAUUUUCCUAUGAUCUCUAGGUAGCAAGUGCUCACUCUUAUCUUCGGAGGACAAGCCGGAGUCUGUCAUGGUGAUUGGGAAAAGUCUGCUAGGAACUGGUGCUCGGAUACCCUGCAUCAGGACUCGACUGCAGACUUGCCCGAGGAGAGUUUCCGCCAGGAGGGGUCCCGGAUUCCCCAGGUAACAUCUGGUUGCUGCUUCUAGGAAUAGCCUUGCCACCAGUCCAGCUCAGUCCACAUCCCUAUGCUCAUUUAGCUCAAGCUGGGUACACACAGAAGCUGACUGGAUGGGUGAAGCCUAAGCUGCUGUGGCAGGGGCUGAGGCCUACAAAGCUCUGUGGGAGAUCUGCUGGGCCUUCACCUCCUUUCUGCAGUGCUGCCCUACUCAGCCUGACCUUGGCAUGAUCGCUCCAUGAUGGCUACAUGCAGGUCCUUUUACCACUCCUGGUUACAUAACACGUGAAGCACAGUUGUGAACUGAAUCCAAGAACUCUCUGGCUGUUAUCCUCCCUUAUCCUCUCAGCUAGGACAAUGCCCAGAAACUCAAGGUCCUCGUACCUCUGCUGACUCCCAUACUAGGCUCUGCAAUGAAACCCCAGAAGCAGCAAAGCUCAGGGAAGAAGCCAGCCGCUUAGCCUACUCCUGUCCACACAGGAUAGGCCCGGGCUGGGCCGGGGCUCACCGCCAGCUUGCACAGAGAUAAGAGGCUCUUCAGGCCCCACAUCCCCUAUCCCCAGGACCAGAGAGAGCACUGAGCUGG